GGAAUAUUCGAGGUUUCGCUGAAGAAUUUGGACUUAAGCCCCCGCAUCGUAUUAUUUACAUUUUUUUAAAAAUUAUUUCUCGGGACGGAGAAAGUGAAUUUGGGACGCUAAUUCUGGAAUCAGAUAGGAUCAAACUAGGAAUUAAACCAUGCUGCAAAUGACCUGGUUAUCGGAAAAGACAAAAUAAAAUGUCUUGCCGCGAGUUUGUUGUGCUGUAUACAAAUCAGAAAACAAAAAAAGCAAAGAAAUGGCAUGAUGGUGUUUUGAAGACCAGUUCCUCUGGAAAUAAGGUAACUUUGUAUGAUGAUAAAGGUCUCUGUCUGGAUCACAUAUAUGCUAAAUUUGAAGAGAUACAAUCAGGCAAUGAUUUUGAAAGCGAUCGAUAUUUGAUUACUGUGGAAGAAGAAAAAACAUCUAAGCAUGAGGUUUCCAAUUACUCUGGUCAGAAGGAGGCUACGAAGCUUGCCACAUCUAAUAUAAUGCCUGCAAAUCUGACUCGAUGCCACUUGCCUGUGGGUCUAAAAAGGAAGCACACUGGCUUCCAAGGACCACGGGAGAUAUCAAAGAAACCAACAACAGAGGAUAAUGAUGCAACAUGUGCAAUGACUAGAUCUCAGAAGCCAAGCUUUUCAUUCCCUCAGUUUUAUGCUACUUCACCCUUGUUUUCUACUUCAUGCACAAAGGAAACAUUAACUUGCUCUGCUCCUGUUUCUGAAGUUUCCUCUUGUACAUACAGGAAAGAGCUAACAAGAGAAACUAUGCCCAGCUUAUCAUUACUGCCUGCACCAGCACAGAAUCAUUCUAAGAAUUUGAGACAUUGUGAAGAAAUGACGCCUUUUCAUUCUAUAGAUACCGGAUUUACUCAUGGAGAUUACAAUGAAGAAAUAUCUCAGUCUACUGCACCAACUUCCAAUCCAGGAGUCUGUUCUCAUACUAACUUAAUAUGUGAGAAUAAAAGGAGCAAAGCUCAGAUUUUAGCACUACUUGACACAAAAACAGCGUCCAGCGGUCAUGUUUUAGAAUCCUCUGAACUUAAGCCACAGCGGCCUCUAGUUGACUGUGGCAGUAUUUAUGUUGCAAAUAAUGUCACUGGCCAUCAAUGGGAAAGCUGUUUUGACCCUAGUGACGGCAAUCUUGUGGAAAAGACAGAUUCUAGGUUGAUACAGCAUUGUAGUACAGAAUUACCGAUUUACUUGACCAAUCGUAGUUUAACAGUGAAUUUGUCGAAAAGUAUAAGUGGAGGAGGUUCUUCCCAGAACAUUCAAGAAAUCCAGCAGCAGUGUGAGGAAGAGGAAGAUUCAAUCAUUCCAGCAACAAAAGCACAGAUUAUGCCUCAGGGGGCUUGCACAACUACUACUGUUAGAGAAACAUUAGACAAUAGUGUUUGCAAAGCAAAAGAAUGUUCUAGCAAAAUGGAUAGCCUACCUAUGAGGUUGUUUUCUCUUGCUGGACAUUCCAAAAAGUCUGUCAUGCCAGUAGAAUCAGAAACCGUGGAUACUAACAAUUUUAUUGGUGUAAACUUUGAUCUGCUUGGUGAAUUUAAUCUGGAUGAAAUGGGGAUGAAUAAUUUGUAUGAAAGUGAAAUUGAAAUGCUACCACAAACAUCAUUGAACAUCAGUAGUUCCUCUUCAAAUCCCAUUAAAGUGCCUUCCUCACUUGAAGAUAUCCAUCAACACAACCAUUUAGAAUUGGAAACUCAAUUACCUCUUACUGAAAAAGAGGAUUCGGAUCAGAUUUUGCAUGGAAAAGGUCAAACUGAAAUUAAAUCUAGAGCUGUCCCAAAUGCUGAAUCUUUAUCAGAGAAACAUUCCUCAGUUGCCCGAGAGACACCUGCAUUGGAAGUAAAAGAAGGCAGAGCAAAUGCUGAUGAGUAUUCUUGGCUUCCUGCCCAGAGACAUACCAUCACGCUGCUGAAAUCUUUAUCUGAACAUAGCACUGCAAUUGAAAGCUUAGAAAAGCUAAAUGUCCAAAAACCUCUUAAAGAAGCUACAACUAAUAGGGAUCUAGAACAAGCAAAUGAUAGGCGAGAAGGAACCUCUGGGUGGAUGAUUUUCAAGAAUGUUAAUUCAAAACACUUUUACAAUUUGGGCCACAAUCCUGACUUUGGUUCUAUGGAUUGCAAUGCAGAUAGAGCUCUGAGAAUGUUUGCAACUGAACAUUCUUUGCCUGCUCUGAGGAAUUCACCCACAGAGAACAGCUGUGUCCCAGCUAAGACUGCAGGAUGCAUUGAAACAUUUGAAGAACAUAUAGAUAACAACUGGCUUGAAAAAAUUACAGCAUCUGACAGACCACUCCGAACACUGCAGGUAAACUCUCCAAUGCAACAGGUGCCUUCAGGAGACACAGUUAUGGAUAAUGUUCUCAGAUGUUCCAGAGAUAACCUAUGUAGCAGUGUGGGAGAACUUGAGUUUUCAGUGCAAACCCACCAACCGAGUGCCAGUGGAAAUGAAAGGCCAAACAAUGUUGUGAAUAAUGCAGUAUCAAGAAUCCAAUCAGCUUUCAGACUAAGAACUCCAAUUAUUACUAUGCCAACAACAGGCAAAUGCGCCGACCAGAGUCUUGCUUCAAGUUCCUUUGAGAAUUUUUCAGGUAUAAUUGAACCAGAUCAACUUAUCCAGCACUCAGCUAUUUACUCAAUGAAUAGCCAACAAGGAGUUUUGCAUGAACGUUCAGAAAAUAAAGUCGGGUCUGAGUGCGUGAGCAGGAACUGUGAAACUUCUGCUCAUAAUGCUGAUGCUUACACCCGAGAACUUGCAAACCCAAUAAGCCUUCAAGCAGCUUUACAGACAAAGGCUAGCAAAUGGCUAAAGUAUCAAAUUGCAACCAAUCCAAUAUCUUCAAACGCUGGUGACCGGAGUGAACAAGAUCAUAGCUUUGACACAGAACGAACGUUUGAAGUGGCAUCAUUUGGGGAAAGAAGUGGAAAGGCGCUUGCAACCCCAGAAAAUGUAAAUGAUUCCUUUCCUGUGCAGCUGAUAAAAGACAAACUGAUCAAACAGCAUGAAAGUAUUUUAGGAGUAAAUGAAACGUGCUCUUUGCCAAUUAUCAGUUCUAUCCAUAAAGGGCGCAAUGUACUGAGCAAAACAAAUUAUAACAGGAAAGAUUCUGAGGGUAUCGGUCUGUCAGAGUUGUGCUUUCCCAGAACAGAUGUUUCACAAGGAACAAAGGUUGUUAAGAGACAAGUAACCAUCCCAGCUACCUUCCUCAGUCCUACUCAUUACAGACAGGUCUUCACAGCAGCAAUAACAGAACAUCUCAAUGUUUGGCUCUUUGAACUGUCUCAAAAACUUCACAAAGCUUUAUCAAAAGUUGACUUUUUUGAGUAUUCUUCAGAAAAAGCAGGAAUUGCUGGAAAAGAGCAAAAUUUUGUCCCACUUUGCCAACAUCAACAGCCUGCAAAGCUUGUCAUGGUUAAAAAGGAAGGUCCAAAUAAGGGCCGUUUAUUCUACACUUGUGAUGCCUCAAAAACUGACCAGUGUAAGUUUUUCAAAUGGUUAGAUCACAUGCAGCAUGUUGAUUUGGAGCAGAAAAUGGAGCCUCAGUCUAAGUUAAUGUUGUCCGAUGCCAAGAGUUUAGGUGCCUUCAUUCGAAGUCAGUACAUACCUCUGUACAGUGAAUGUGUGCUUCAUGUAAGGAAAACAUCUGCUUUUCAAAGAAAGAGGUUCUACCGUGGCAAGUUGAAAGAACAGAUAAAUGAGAAAGGGGAUUUAGAAAGCUGUUGUAAGACCAAAUUGUACCUUGGGUUAAGCAGGAAAGAGAGUUCAUCAGCUUACAAUAAAGAUGACCUCUGGGUUGUAUCAAAAACCUUAAUGUUUGAUCCACUGGACACUUUCAUUGCAUGUAGUGUUUUCUAUGGACCAUCCUCAACCAGUGAAGUCGAGCUUUUGCCACUGAAAGGCUAUUCUCCUUCCAAAUGGCCUUCGGACAUGAUUGUUCAUGCCUUGUUUGUUGGUAAUGCCAGCACUGAACUUACCUGUCUGAGAAAUCUGCAGGAGCAUGUCAAUCCAGCUUCUCUUCCUCUGCUACCACACUUACUCAAAAUGCCUUGUGGUAACGAUGAAGCAAUAGUCCAGUCUGCAAGAGGAAGAUUUUUUCCUCCUGCGUUAAAAAUGCCACUGGUAUCGACUGGAUUGUUGUGUAAGGAAAGGACAGUUGCAUUGGCGACAGACAUGAUACCGAAGUUUCACCUGAAUACAGAUCAGGCAGCUGCAUUCAGACAAGUAGCUGUAAUGAUGGCUAAGUCCCAGAGCCCCCAGGAUCUCCUUCUGCCAGUCACAGUCAUACAUGGUGUCUAUGGAGCUGGGAAGAGCUAUCUGUUGGCUGUUGUGAUUUUAUUUCUUGUUCAACUUUUUGAAGAAAGUGAAGCAGCUGAGGGGCCUAGGAAGGUCCCCUGGAAACUUCUCAUCGCUGCAUCUACUAAUGUUGCAGUGGAUAGAGUCCUGCUUGGGCUUCUGGAACUAGGCUUCAAUAGAUUUAUCAGAGUUGGAAGCAUUCGGAAGAUUGCCAAACCCAUUUUGCCAUACAGUUUACAUGCAGGUGGUGACAGUGAAGAACUGCGAGAGCUGCAAGUACUCCUGAAAGAAGAUCUGACACUCGUAGAAAAGAUGCAUGUGAGAAAGAGUAUUGAACAACACAAAUUGGGUAGGAACAGAACUGUGCUCAAGGAGGUGCGAGUGGUAGGAGCCACUUGUGCUGCAUGUCCUUUCCAGUGUAUGAACAACCUGAGCUUUCCAUUGGUGUUACUGGAUGAAUGCAGUCAAAUCACAGAACCAGUUUCUCUUCUUCCUAUUGCAAGGUUUGGAUGUGAAAAGUUGAUUCUUGUUGGAGACCCUAAGCAAUUGCCACCUACAAUUCAAGGCUCCGAAAGUGCUCAUGACGCUGGCCUAGAACAAACUCUCUUUGACAGAAUGUGCCUGAUGGGCCAUGAUCCCAUUAUGCUUAGAACUCAGUACAGAUGCCAUCCUACUAUAAGUGCUAUAACAAAUGAACUCUUCUACAACGGGAAUCUUAGAGAUGGACUUUCCGCUUCAAAUCUAAAUCCUCUGUUGGACUGGUUGCCUACUCUUUGCUUUUAUAAUGUUAAAGGACGUGACCAGCUGGACAUGGAUGGCAGCUGCCAUAAUGUAGAAGAAGCAACAUUCACUAUGAAACUUAUCCAGUCCCUGAUAGCCAGCGGAAUUAAAGGAUCUAUGAUUGGAGUGAUAACAUUAUACAAAUCUCAGAUGCACAAGUUAUGUGGAUUACUUAACCAUGCUGCUCAAUGUGACCUAGCCGAGAUUAAAGCUGUUCAGGUUUCAACAGUGGAUGCUUUCCAGGGAGCAGAGAAGGAGAUUAUUAUAUUGUCUUGUGUGAGAACUCGUCAAGUUGGGUUUAUAGAUUCUGAGAAGCGGAUGAACGUUGCACUUACCAGAGGGAAAAGACAUUUGCUGAUAGUAGGCAGUCUGACCUGCCUUAGAAACAACAGACUGUGGAAAAGAGUUAUUCAUCACUGUGAAGUGAGAGAAAAUGGCUUGAAACAUGCAUGUCAGUGUGAGCCAGAACUGGAAAAGAUCAUGAAAUUUCAUAGUGACCAGAAGUUGGCAGAAAAGGGUCAAACAGGCCAAAACACUCCAAACACCAGAAGCAAGUCUAACCUUCCUGAAGAGGACAACAAAGCUGUUAAUACCAGAGAAAGGGCUGAAGGAAUUAAAACACCUGGGGUGCAGGAUUGCACAAAUUAUCCAAGUCCACAGGCUACUGGAAGGAAAAGAGAGUGGCCAACUCCACAGACAGGUGCAGAAGUGAGGAUGAAGUUCCAUUUUUGGCCAUCCUUCAGCAAUGGAGGAGGAUAUCCUGGAAGUCGGCAGGAUGGCAUCGGUGCAGGCUGUUGCCAAUGAAGAGAUAGGAGUGGCACAGCAAUCAGGGGUAUUGCUGGAGGCACAGUAAGAGUUGAGGGGAGAAGGCAUUUCAGUCCUCAGAGGAGGAGCAGCACUCUGAGGAAGCACUGUCACAUGACUUGUGCACUCUCUACCAGACCAGGAGGGUUCACAGGUUGAUAGGGUGGCAAAUGGUGAGGAGCACUUCACAUGCAAACAAGAACAGGUGCUGAAGGCAGAGACAGCCAUGGGAAAUCCCCAUUGGAGGCCUGAGGAAGCAUUCAACUAUUCUCAGCUAGACACAGAUGUUGAGCUUCAGCGAUCAUAUACUAACCGUGCGCUUGUGGAGCAGCAAAGGUAAAUGUGUGAGGGUGUUGUAGGUUGCAUUCCCUUUUCAGUUUUUUAAAAAACCUUUUACUUUUGUUUUUUUGCACUUCAGCCUCACUCUCCUGAUCUACAGGCCCCCUGUGUGGAGGGAGCAUGGAGGGAGAAAGGCCUUGUGAACCUGCUCCUGUGUCUGGCCAAGUUGGCUAUCAACAAGUCCUGGCAGCGAGCAAUUGAGGGGAUUUUGUAACUCAAGACGUCAGCUCCUCGCUGUUGUCCCCAAAACCUCAAUCAACAAUCGAUUAGAACCUCGCUGCAGCAAGAGCUAACAAAUCCUCAUUCAAGUGUAUUUAUCCGAUUUUUUUUUCAGAUGCUAAGUCUACCUCACAUAUGUGCCCUUCUCUCUGCAGACUGUCCGUCUACACACUUGUAGUAAAUAUGAAAGAUUCUAAUCAUAUGACACAUCACGUCCCAGGCUGAUCUGGGAAUAAAGCCUGUAGAUUUGGGAUCAUUGGCUCCAGACAACAGCUUCAUCAGCCGGAAAGAAGUUUGCUGCCUUCCUUCAGCUUCUCAAUCCCCUCUUUGUUUGCGAAACACGGCCAGCUCGAGUCACCCUGGCCAUAUGGUUCAUUUGAGGGUCUCUCUUCCAAAAAUGCUGCAAACAAGAUUCAUUACAGUUGAACAAAAUACAGAUAUUUGUGUAGCGAGAUUUCCAACAAAGACAGGGCCAGGGACGGAGCGCUGCAUAAAACCGCACCGAUUUACUCGAAACCACUGUAGCCAAUGUGAGCUACUUUAAUGACCUUUAAACUACCAACAUAAUUAUUCGUAAAACAAAUGCCCGUGCAUUAUACGGAGGCACAAGAUUCUUUCGAAAAAACACCUUCGAGAGUAGAAAAUGUGGCAGUUGUCUGGAGCGUUAUGGCCCAGAUUUAAAGCUUAGUCGUAGAGUUGGGAGUCUGUAAUCGCGCAAAACAUUGGCAGUUUGAUGGUCUCCGGUUUUUGGCAGCUGAGUGCCAAGCUAUCAUGC